AUGGUCCGCACUCCCAAGGACAAGGAUCCUUUGGGCGUUCCGGGAGUAUACAAAAUACCGUGCGACUGCGGCCUGAGCUACAUUCGAGAAGCCCGGCGCAAUGUAGCAACCAGACUUGGCGAACACAUACGCAGCACGAAGAGUAUGGACACCGAGAAGUCGGCAGUGGCUGAACACGAUUCUAACGUUCCGACUUUCGUGGCGAAGGAUCUGCACAAGCUGCCCCCCGUCACGUUCGACCACGUUGACGUCACGAGGCUCCUAAAAGACAUCAUCUUCCUGAAGACGAGCCUGUCAGAAGUGCAGUCCAAACUAGAGGUCUCGGAAAAGACCAUUCGGGAGCUGCGCGCGGAAGUAGUGUUAUUGCGUAACACUAUGUCUGUAAGUAGGUCACCUGACGAGGCCUCUAAGGUGAACACACGUCGCGGGGCGCAAAACCUUUCCGUCUGCAGUUUUGCAUCGGCUGAUUUCGAUGCGUCUGCAGUUGUAGGAGAGUGCAAUGCCCCGAUUGCGAAAGAAGUAUCCGCGUCGACGCCUCGGCGCGUUUAUGCUGACGCCGCUGGUCGAACACCGAGCUGCGUGACCUUACCCCGCGCGCCCGCGCCGGCGCCCGCGCGUGUUCCUGCACGAGUUGCGCCUGCUCCGUGCCCCGCCCCGCUGCCCGCCGCACCGAGUGUGCUGCUGCCGAGACGGGAUGAAGACGGUUUUGAGCUGGUGCAGAGGAAGAAGCGUCGUCCCAAACCUACAAAGAACCGCUGCGGCAAGGCUCCAACAAAGCCCGAACAACUAGUGCGUGCCGCGCAGCCGAACACGCCGGUAUACAUCUCCCGCCUACAUUACUCUGUGAAGCGAGAGAGUAUCGUCGAGUAUGUGCGCCAGAAGUUGAAAUACACGCUGAGGGUGCAGGAGCUGGAGUCGAACCGCAACGUCAACUUUAAGGCGUUUAUGGUGCGAGUACCGAAUUGCUUCCUGCAUCUCGUCUUAAAUGAAGACUUCUGGCCUCAGAACGUGGUGUUCCGUCGCUUCCGCGGACAAGUUCCACCAGAACGCACUAAGACGUAG